AUGGACGAGGUUGUUCCAAGACAUGGUGAUCAUCAUAACAUCAAUAUCAAAUAUGGGUACUUCAUAUUUGCCCUAACAAUAAUUCAAAUAAUAUUUUUCCUCCAAGUGAAAUUUAUUCAAAUCAAGCGAUGGAAUAGUACUGGUCGAUUCAGUAAAUUCUGGUCCCAAUUAACGAACCCUCCAAUAUGGUUAAUGGUUACUGUUUGGCUAUUAAUUGUAAUUUUCACUGGUGGUCAUAAGAUAUCUGAUUUCCUGGAAGAAUAUAUCAUAUCUGCAAAAAGAUAUGGCAGAAUGGCGUAUUGUUUAAUACCAUUGAAUAUUUAUUUGGUGUUACGUCCUACAAACUCGCCAUUAUUGAAACCAGGUUAUUACUUAGAGAAUAUGAAUUUGCAUAAAUGGACGUCACGAAUAAUUGUCUUUUGUAGUGCCAUUCAUGCUACUGGAUAUAUAUAUAAGUGGGUUAAAGAGGGUACCAUAUUAAAUAAACCCUUCAGAUUUCUUAAUUUAUUAGGGGUGAUUGUAUUUGUAUUUUUGGUUGUUUUGGCAAUUAUUUCAGUUAGAACAUUUAGAAAGAAAAUCUAUUCAACGUUUUACCUCAUCCAUAAUAUCACUGCUUGGUCAAUGGUCAUUCUUAUAACUUUCCAUGCACGUCCCGGGGUUACAAUUUUUGCAGUAAUUAGUAUAUUAUUAUUAGGCUAUCAAUUGUAUUUGAGAUACUAUUCUUCCUAUUUGGUCAAUUCAUUAAAGGUCAUUGACAUCCCUACUUCAACUUUACAAAUCAUAAAGAUCCCUCAACCAAAUAAAUUCCCCAAUUGGUUACCAGGAUCACAUAUUAGAUUGAACUAUACAAUUCUGAAAUUCAAAUCAUGGACAACGGCAACUCAUCCGUUUACAAUAGUCACCAUCCCGGAAGAUUCUGCCAAUAAUCUUACUUUGAUUGUUAAAAAACCAAACCAAUUUGUUGUUUACCCAUUGGAUAGUUAUCUUUUAACUGGUCCUUAUCCAUCUCUUGCUCCUCCGUUUUUUACUACUGCUAACAUUGUCAACAUAAUAUGUGGUGGGUCAGGGAUCUCAUUGGGUUUACCAAUCUAUCAUCAUUUCAGGAGCAUUAAUCUGACGGUACCUGUAAAAUUGGUAUGGACAGUAAGGAAUCAGAACGACACUUUUAUAAUGAAUCAAUUGGAUAUGACUGGGGUUCAAGUAUAUGUUACUUCUAUUGGCGAUACUAACUCGGAACUGCAAGAAAAUCAACAGCAUCAGGCUGUUCCAUUAUUUGUGAUUGAAGAGGAAGAAGAGGAAGAAGGUCAUGGAUUAUUAAAUAAUGAGAGUGAGAAUGGAAUUGAACUUCAAAAUAUGCCAGAAAGUAACGAGGAAAAUAGUGAAACCAUUACUAUCAAUAGUAAAAACAAUAAAGACAAUGAAGAAAGAAAGGAAUAUUUCAAAUUUGGUCGACCAAAAUUUGAUGAAGUUUUUGCUAUUGAUGACCCAACGACAACUCAUGAUUUAGACAAUAGUUGGGUUAUUGCGUGUGGACCUGAUGAAUUGAUAUCGGAUGCUAAACGUUGGUCGAAAGAUAGAGGAUAUAGAUUUUACUAUGAGAAGUAUGAAAUGUGA